GAGGCAGGAGCCUGCUGGGCUCGAUCGCCCAGAGCCCUCCCAUUCCGGGAGCUGAAGCAGGAAGAGGGUGGGGCCUUCACUCACAAGGCCCAGGAGGUCACUCGCACUUCUGGGGUCUCCCAAAGUCAGGGCCUGUACACAGGAAAUGCAACCCCAGCGCGUGGGGCCCAGAGCUGGGAUGGGACCAACCUGCCUGGGAUGCCGCUAUCGCAGACCCUAUUCACCGAUCAGAAACCCGAUAGAGACGUUAUAUCAAGGAACAUACUACUUCCACUUUAAGAACCUAUGCUAUGCCAACGGCCGGAAGAACACCUUCUUGUGCUAUGAAGUGAAUAGGAUGGAGCAUGAUGUACCUGUCCCCCUUUGCCAAGGGGUCUUUAGAAAAGAGAAUGGCGGCCUCCAUGCUGAAGAAUGCUUCCUGUACUGGUUCCACACCCACGUACUGGAAGUCUUGUCUCCCAAUGAAAAGUACAAGAUCACCUGGUAUUCCUCCUGGAGCCCUUGCGAUGACUGUGCGGAGCAGGUGGCCAGGUUCCUGGACACUCACCGCAACCUGAGCCUGGCCAUCUUCAGCUCCCGCCUCUACUAUUUUUGGCACCCGAACUACCACGACAAGCUUCGCCGGCUGCAUCAGGCAGGAGCCCAGAUGGCUGUCAUGGAUUUUCCAGAAUUUGAAAAGUGUUGGUACAAAUUUGUGGACAAUGAUGGCAAGUCAUUCAGGCCUUGGAAGAAACUUAAAACACUUUUUCGGUCCCAUAAAAAAACGCUUUGUGAUAUUCUCAGAAGCCCAGAGAGUCUGCUGAGAGAAGACACAUUCUACUUACAAUUUAACAACAGGCACCGGGUCCAACCAGUCCAGCACCACUACUACCGAAGGAAGACCUAUCUAUGCUACCAGCUGGAGCAGUACAGUGGCCAAGGGCCACUCAAAGGCUGCCUGCAAAACAAGAAAGGUAAACACGCAGAAAUCCUCUUCAUUGAUGAGAUGCGUUCCUUGAAGCUGGGUCAAGAGCGGAUCACCUGCUACCUCACAUGGAGCCCCUGCCCGAACUGUGCCCAGGAACUGGCUGCAUUCAAAAGGGAUCACCCGGGCCUAGUCCUGCGCAUCUAUGCCUCCCGUCUCUACUUCCACUGGCUGAGGAAGUACCAGGAGGGGUUGUGUUCUCUGUGGCGAUCAGGAAUCCAGGUGGACGCCAUGGACCUUCCACAAUUUACUGACUGCUGGAUAAACUUUGUAAACCCCCAAGGGCCGUUCAGGCCAUGGAAGGAACUGGAGAAAAACAGCAGGUGCAUACAGAGACGGCUCUGGAGGAUCAAGGAGGUGAGAUCCCCAGAGCCGCCUUGCUACAGACUCCGCCCUCUUACAUCAGGCCCCUCCUACUGUAGACGCCGCCUCCCGCUUUAGGCUCCACCCCCUUCAGUACUCGCCUUCCUGCCACCCUGCCUACUGCAGGUUUUCUUUCCUUUACCUAGGCUUUGGAGCCCCUACUAUCCAUACCCCGCCCCCCACAUCCUCUUCUCUAGAUGUCUUUUGUUCUCUCCCACCUGGGCCUCCCAGUCCUUGGCUUCUCUGCCUCCCUCAGGCGCUCUUCUCACCUCUUUGUCCCUGUUCUUUCCGUAAACACCCCUGCUCCCUUUUUUGUUUUUGUUUUUCGAGACAGGGUUUCUCUGUAGCUUUGGAGCCUGUCCUGGCACUAGCUCUUGUAGACCAGGCUGGUCUCGAACUCACAGAGAUCCGCCUGCCUCUGCCUCCCAAGUGCUGGGAUUAAAGGCGUGCGCCACCACCGCUCUGCUCCCUUUUUCAUGCCCAUUCGCACAACCUAAUUUAUCUCUCAACAGUCCUGGGGUCUGCAAGACUUGAUGAAUGACCUUGGAAAUCUACAGCUUGGACCCCCAUUGUCCUGAAUGGCAAAAAGAGAUUCAAGACAGUCUCUAGCGUGUCUUUUGGCUUCCAUCCCAACACCAGAUCCAGAAGACUUUGUUCUCUUCCUGUUUUUGGUUUUUUGUUUUGUUUUGUUUUGGUUUGGUUUGGUUUGGUUUGGUUUUUGAAACAGGGUCUCACUGUGUAGUUUGCUACUCUGGAACUCGCUACUAAACCAGGCCUGUCUGAAACUCAUGGAGAUCCACCUGCCUCUGCCUUCUGAGUACUAGGAUUAAGGCAUGCUCCACCAUUCUGGGGAUUGCGCCACCAUCCCAGACCUUUCCUUCCUUUCUUAUCAUUUUAUUUUCAGUUUUCAUUGAUAGGUACUUAAUUUUGUAAUUGAAAAUUUUAAGUUGGACUGGGCAUGGUGGCUCACACCCUUAAUCCCAGUAACUGGGAGGCAAAGGCAGGAGGAUCUCUGAAAGUUGGAGGGCAGCCUGGUCUACAUAGCAAGCUCCAGAACAGCUAGGAACUUAUACACAGGGAAACCCUGUCUCAAAAAAGAUAAAUAAAUAAAUAAAUAAAUAAAUAAUAAGAAAAAGAAAGAAAAAUUAAGUUGGCCAUGAUGGGUCAUAUCUGUAAUCAACACUUGAGAGGCUGAGGCUGGAGGAUUGCCACAAGUUUGAGGUCAGCCUGGGAUACACAGUGAAAUCCUGUCUUAAAAAAAUUUUUUAAAAAUAAAAAAACAAUCAAGAGAAGAAACAGUUGAGUUUUUGUUUGUUUGUCUGUCUGUUUUGAGACACAAUUUAAGGGGCUGGAGAGAUGGCUCAGAGGUUAAGAGCACUGGCUGCUCUUUCAAAGGUCCUGAGUUCAAUUCCCAGCAACCACAUGGUGGUUCACAACAAUCUAUAAUGGGAUCUGGUGCCUUCUUCUGGCAUGAACACCUACAUGCAGGCAGAACACUGUAUACUUAAUAAAUAAAUUUAAAAAGAGAGAGACAGUUUAAGCCCCCUGGGUGCUGGGAUUAAAGGUACCACUACCUGGCUAGAACAAAUCCAAAUUCCUGAAUGUUAGGUACUUUGUCUUAAGCCGAACCUCUCGGCCUUGCCGACACAAAUAAUUCCAAUCAAACCAAAUCAGACCAAAUAAAAGAUGCCCAUGUUUAAUGCAAUACUCCCAGGUGGCCCUGGGAAAAACAUGGAGAGGGAAAGAGAGAGAAAGGGAGACCAGGCAAAACCCGGAGACCAUAUGUUCAUUCUCUGGGGGGUAGUUUAAAUAUCCUGAGGUAGUGGUCCUGACCUUCCCUGGGGAGGGGUCACCAUUUGGCAGGCUUUCUCAGAGGUGGAGUUAGGUCUGAGGCAACUCCUAGGGGAGGGGCUUAUGCCAGAAGCUGGGGUGAAGCCCCCCAGCCAAACACUGAGUUCCUCUCUAAGAAGGUGGACCACAAGGCUGCUCACCAAUCAGAGUGGGACUGAUGAGAGCAGGGAGCUGGAGAGAUGGCCCACAGGCACACAGGCUUGCUGCUCUUGAAGAUCAGAGUUCAAGACCCCAGCAUCCACCUCCAGCCUCUAACCCAGCUCUGACUCCAGCUCCAAGGUAUCUGAUGCCUUUCCCUGGACUCUGUGGGCACCCCACCCCCAUGUAUAUACAUAUGUAUACAUAAACUAGACAUAUAUACAUAUAUGUAUAUAUACAUAGAACAAAAAGUCUGUGGGCAAAUUCCCUACAGAGCGUGGAAUAUUUAGAUUGUUUUGUGCUUUCAAUGAGCUCUGUCCCUCCCAAAUCUCUAUUAUGUGCCUAAAUAAACAGGUGAAGUGAGACUUGGGACUGUCCCCCAGCAAUUCUAUGUACUGCAGAGGUUAAAUAUCCUGAAGGAUCUCAGUCAAGUUCAAGGCCAGCCUGGAUAACUUAGGAAGAUGUAAGAUGUGUCUGUAGCCAGGAAACAGAAGUGAAUGCUGGCAUUUCCCUGGCUUUCUAUUUCCCUCUUACUCUGUCCAGGGCCCCAACCCCUGGGAAGGUGUCACCCACAUCAGGGUGAGUCCUCUUAAACCUUUCUGGGGAUCUGGGAGAUGGUCAGCAGGUAAGGUGCUUGCUGUGCUCCAAGGGGACCUGAGUUUGGAUCCUAGGUGUGACGUUACCUGCCGAGAACCCCAGUGCUGUUGGGAUUGGGGAGUUUAGGGAUAGGAGUAUUCCCCAGAGCUCGCUGGCCAGUCAAGUUAGCUAAAAUGGUGAGCCCUGGACCCUGCCUGGGUUUGGUGAAAGAUUCUUUCUCAUCAAUUAGUGGCCAGGCAUCAGGGUCCAUGUCUGCAGUCCCAGCUUCCUACCUACAGAGUUAGGCUCAUCUCUGGAGUUCCAGGUCGGUCUUGUCUACAUAGGGAGUCCAGGCCAGCCUGUCUCAAAAACAAACAAACUAACUAACUAAAUAAAUAAAUAGAAAUACAAUAAAGGAAGUCAACUAACAUUGACCUCUGGCCGUCCUCUACAUGGACAUGUAUACUCUCCUACACACACACACACACACACACACACACACACACACCCCACACGCACACACACAAACCUCACAAGGAAAAUGACAUGGAGCUCUUUGGAAACACUGUUAAAGGCAAAGUCGAAGGUGUUAUCUAUGUGAUUCCAAAUCCAGUCAGGCUGACAGUGAUAAUCAUCUUUUAAAGGUGUUCUUGCCAGUUUAACAGCUAAACAUGUCACUAGAACAUUUCAUCCUGAUCCUCAAAGACUUACAGCCAGUUCAUUUCAGAAUGCAUUUAGCUCAUUUGUAAGGUACCCCAAAUCUUUUUUUCCCUUGUUAUUUUAUCUUAUGUGUCUGGGUGUUUUGCCUGCAUAUGUGGCUGUGCAACAUGUGUCCCAUGCACACAGAGGCCAGAGGAAAGAUUUAGAUCCCCUGGGGUUGAAUUUGCAGAUGGGUGAGAGCCACUCUGUGGGUGCUGGGAAUGGAGCCUGGGUCCUCAGGAGAUCCUGUCCUUUGCUCCUUCCGAAAUGGGUCCAUGUUUGUCUCUCUUAGGGUCCUCUUUGCGGUCUGGGUUCUCUGAUGUUGUGUGCUGUAGGCUUGCUAUCCUUUGCUUUGUAUCUAUUUAUGAGUGAGUUCGUACUAUAUUUGUCUUUCUGGGUGUGGGUCACCUCACUCAGGAUGGCUUGUUCUAGUUCUGUCCAUUUGUUUGCAAAUUUCAAGAUGACAUUGUUUUUUACCGCUGAGUAGUACUUUGUUGUGUAAAUGUACCACAUUUUCCUCAUCCAUUCUUUGGUUGAGGGGCAUCUAGGUUGUUUCCAGGUUCUGGUUAUUAGAAAUAAUACUGUUAUGAACAUAGCUGAGCAAGUGUCCUUGUGGUAUGAUUGAGCAUCCUUAGAGUAUACGCCCAAAAGUGGUAUCAGCAAAUGCUCUUAAUUGCUGAGCCAUCUCUCUACUCCCCAUCCCUGGGGUCAACUUUUGUGGGGUUGGUUCUCCCUUCUGCUCUCAGCCCCUGGGCCCAGUGAACUCAGGUUGUCAGGCGUUCAAUGCGCAAUGCCUUUGUCUGCUGACAGCUCAUCAAAUCCAGAGUAGCAAUACGAACACGGUGGGAGUUAAGGCAUUCGACAGGUUUAAAAGACACUUAAUGUCAUGAUGUAAAGGAACAAUUAAACAAUAAAAUAUAUUUUAUAUAUAGUUUUUGUUUUGUUUUUCGAGAUAGGGUUGCUCUAUGGUUUCAGAGCCUGUCCUGGAACUCGCUCUGUAGACCAGGCUGGCCUCGAACUCACAGAGAUCCACCUGUCUCUGCCUUCCAAGUGCUGGGAUUAAAGG